UGCUGGUUCAUAAAAUAGGUAUAUGGUCUACACUCUACAAUAUCUAGACUUCGCAUAAACCUAACGUUUAGAUUUCCAGCUAACUUCGCUUUUUUGAUACAACGCUAAAUUUUUACCGCCAAGUUUACGCAGGUUUCGCUGAGGUACUGAACCGAAAACACACUUAUAACUGGGUCACGCACUUGUUCACUGGUUUUAUAACCGCACGACUUAUGAGUAACCUGUCCAUCUCUACGUCAGCAAUAACCAAGUAAAACAAAAUCCAAACAGCUAGAUGGUACAGUAUACGGCUUGUUAUAAAAUCAAUAUAGUUCCUCAAAUAACGUCCAAAGCAAAUCUAGUAUAGAUUAAAUGCAAACAAGACGUCACCCCAUGUGUUAUACAAGCACUGCUGGACUGACUACCGCUAUUUCUCCAAUAUCAGGUGUACAUCUACCAUCUGCGCGUGACGCGUUUUGUUUUCAUUUUACGUCACUGCUGUCUCUUACUGCUGUGCAAUAACAACGCAAUCACGCCAUGUCGAUGUUGCGUCAUCCGCGAAUAUGACUGGGCAAAAUGUCGGAGCACGCCCAUUUGCGGUGAGCCAAUCGCUGCUUCUGUGCAACAUCACAACAACAAAAAAGGUUAUAAGACUGUGUGACGUCACAAUUACAACCCGAAUAGAAGCGCGCGUGACAUCGACCAAUAAAACAAACAAACAACAACAUUGGAAAAUACGACCGUAAUAACCGAUGCGUUUAAAUACAAGAACGACUGCGAUAGAGAAGGAUUUCGAGACUUCUCAACGGAAGGCCAACGGUUCGAUAUCGUAUACAACACAUACGUCAAAAUGCAUACGAACCAAUGCGUUGAUUUUGUUCGUAGAAAGCAAGACGAAUGGUUAAAGUUCAACCAUGGUGAAUUCACGAUUAUGGAGGUUCUGGAUCUUCUUGAUGGAUUUGUUGAUGAAGCUGAUCCAGAUGUUGAUUUCCCGAAUUCGUUCCAUGCAUUUCAAACAGCAGAAGGUCUGCGCAAGGAUCAUCCUGAUAAAGAUUGGAUGCAUCUCUGUGGUUUGGUCCAUGACUUAGGAAAAGUGAUGGGUGUUUGGGGAGAGAAACAAUUCUGUACAGUUGGCGACACCUUCGUAGUUGGGGCAGAGUUUCCCCCGUCUAUUGUUUACAGGGAUUCGACAUUUGGAAGCAACCCGGACCUGAACGACCCUAGAUACAACACAAAGUACGGCAUGUACGAACCAAACUGCGGCCUCGACAAUGUCCUGAUUUCCUGGGGCCAUGACGAGUACAUGUACCAAGUUCUAAAGCAUAACAAGUCCACGCUUCCGGAAGAGGCAAUGUACUGCAUCCGAUUUCACUCCUUUUAUCCCUGGCACACUGGAGGAGACUACGAUCAUCUUUGCUCUGAAAAAGACCAAAAGAUGAUGAAAUGGAUAAAACUAUUCAACAAGCACGACCUGUACACGAAAUCUCCCGAUUUUCCAAAUAUUGAUGAAAUCAAACCGUAUUAUCAGUCACUAAUUGAUAAGUACAUGCCGGGAAAGCUAAAGUUUUAGAUGUUAGGCUACUGAUGUGCGCCUUGUUUUUGCAAAUGCUGCAUUAUAUGUAGAAAAAGACUAUUCGCGCUGCUUUUGCUAUUGCAUGACAUUCAUGCUGCUUUAUUGCGAUGCAAUAAUUAUGUAGUUGCGGUCAAAUUUUCAUUCUGUAUAUAUUAUUAGCUUGCUAGUUUUCGCCAUCUGACUGUACCGAAUUAUUGUGAGACCGCAUACUGUAGUUACAACUCGUCUUAAAUUUA